AUGGCGCGCAUAGACACUGACGUGAUGGCUCGAUUGGGGUCUGCAUUACAUACUCCUCCUCGUCAUCAUCUUCAGAAGAACCGCUCCCGUUGCUAUCGACAACAUACUCCUCGUCUAAGUCCUCACCGUCAACAAUACUCCUUGUCUGAGUCCUCACCGUCAAUGUCCAUGUCUUCCACUGGACAAGCAACGUGUAGCGGUGAUGUUCUCCAUGGUCAAAACGCUGAUGAAGUUCUAGCCAGAUUACGUGCUAAUCAUGGUGGUAAACGUUAUCAAGUCACAAGAAUUGUGGAGGAAGUACUUAAUCGAGUCAGUCUGGAUGUUGGUUUUAUGAAUCGACCUCACUUUGUGUCUGCUUUCUCUCAAGUUGUCCAGAUGGCCGAAGUGCCAAGAGGGGUGAAAAAUUCAAAAAUAAUUACAAAAUUUGUAGGGGAAGUUAGAGAGUCAACUACUGAACAUGUCGCUCGAUAUUUGGUUGAGAUUGGGAAUUUAGCCAAUGAUGAGAAUUUGAAAAUAAUUUUUUUUCCUUCUUCGUUAACGAAGAAUGCGUUUACUUGGUUUUCGAAUCUCAGGCCAAAUUCGAUAACGACAUGGAAUCAGUUAGAAACUGCUUUUCAUGCUCAAUUUUAUCGAGGAGAAAUGAAUGUGGCAGUUACUGAUCUGGUUGCUUUGAAACGUCAAGAUGGUGAAACAAUUGAUGAUUAUAUGAUACAUUUCAAAAAUGUUAGAAGUACAUGCUAUGUUUCAUUACCCGAGAAUGAAGUUGUGAAAAUAGCAAUUAUGGGGCUAGGAUUUUAUAUGCGCCGAAAGUUGCUUAAUAUGCAUAUCCCCGAUUUAGCCCAUUUGGCUGAAAAGGUCCAUCAGACCAAACUCAUGAAAAAGGAGAAGGAGAAGUAUAGGAGUGAGCAUAGAUCAAAGAGUAAACCUUUUACCCGAAAAGAAAAAGUUGCUUAUGUAACUAUGGAGUCCUCAGAGGAGGAACUCGAUUUCGAAGCAGAAGUCGAUUGGGCUGAACUUAAGAAGGGCCCUUCAUAUAUUUUUGAUGUGUUGCUCAAAGAUAAACAGUUAAUUUUGCCUGAUGGUAGAACUUUACUUUCGGUGAAAGAUUUGAAAGGGAAACCUUAUUGUAAAUUUCACCAAGCAACCAGUCAUUCGACUAACAGUUGUGUUCGUUUCAGGGACUUAAUUCAGGAAGCUAUAAUGGAGGGACGGUUAAAGUUUGAUGAUGGCAAUAAGGAAAUGAAGGUUGAUGUUGAUCCCUUCGAUGCUGAUGCUAGCUUUAUCGAACCAUGUUUCGGGGUGAAUAUGGUUGGCAUGUCUUACGACUUUGACGUGGUUCUUGAUGAUUUUGAAUCACAAGUUAAAUCUGUGUACCCUUGA